AUGGGCAAAAAGCUGGCGCAACCAAUCACCGUGACCAAGCCCGAUGUGGCCAUUGUUGGUGGUGGUGCCGGGGGUAUCGCCGUCGUGCUGCACCUUGUCGAGCAAGCAAAGAAGGGCAGAGUGCUUGCCGAGAUUGUGAUUGUCGAGAAGCGAGAUGUCCUCGGACCGGGGCUGGCCUUUUCGACAGACUGCCACGGCACGAUCCUCAACAUGCACUCGGACACGAUGGGCAUCUUCCACGAUAACCCUCGGGACUAUACCCAGUGGCGGAAGAACUUGGAGGACGGACCCUUUCCUUCGCGGCUGGACUACGGCCAGUAUUUAAAAGAGCGCUGGCUCAAGGCCCUAGAGGAGGCGCGUGCGCUUGGCAUUACCAUUGCCGCCGUGCAGGCGGCCGCAACCGAUAUUGACCGGGCGGGCGACUCGGCAUUCACAAUCACGCUCGACAACCAGUCCACGCUGACGGCCCACUCCGUCGUCCUCGCGCUCGGCAACUUUACGGGAUCGGCCAACGCACAUCUCAUCGGCAAGCCCGGCUACUUCCCCAACCCGUGGCCGACGACGCAGCUGCAGAGCAUCCCGCCCACGGCCCACGUGCUCGUCGUCGGCUCGCGACUGUCCGCCGUCGACGCGGCGCUGUACCUGUCCGACAACGGCCACCAGGGCCCCAUCACGUUCAUGUCGCGCAGCGGCCGGCUGCCCCGGGUGCAGGCCGCCGACCCGGUGCCGAACCCGCGCCGCUACGUGCUGCACGAGCUCGCGCGGCAAGUCGAGGGCCGCAGCGGCCCCGACGACGGCCUCCUGCGGCUCGCGAGCGCUCUAGCCGACGAGAUAUCUACGGCCACCGUCGGCGACUGGAGCUGGAUGCUGGACAGGGACGCCCCGCUAGAGCAGCUCGCGACGGACCUGGCGGCCGCGCAGCAGCAGCGCGUCCGCUGGCAGUCGGUGCUCAGCGGCACCGCCCCCGUCAUGGAGCGGUACUGGCACUCGCUCUCGCCGGCGAGCCAGCAGCUGUUUAUGGAAAAGUUCAACAGCGCGUGGAUGACGUACCGCCAUGCCAUGCCGGUGCCGAAUGCGCAGCGGGUUCUGCGCUUGCUCGAGACGGCCCAGCUGCAGGUCGUCCGCGGGGACUGGGUGGCCUGGGACGGCAUGUUCACGGCCAAGACCUCGGCGGGCGUCGUCGAGGCUGCGUACGUCGUCGAGGCGACGGGGCAGGAAUGCCGCCUUGAGCGCAUCAAUUCGCCGCUGCUGCAGUCCGCCGUGGCCAAGGGCCUCCUGACGCCGCACGCCGCCGGGGGCGUCGUCGUCGACUUCCAGAGCCUCCAGGCGACGAGGGGACUGUACGUGAUGGGAUCCCUGACGCGCGGCACGCACUUUUACGUCAGCGCCACGGAUCGCGUGGCGGCGCACGCCUCGCGCAUUGCCCAGUCGCUGACGCGGGAGCCCUUUGCGUCGCCCCUGCACGUCGCCGUGUUUGUCAGCGGCGAUCUCGUGUCCCAUCUGAUGGCCAGCAAGCUGGUGCCCGAGCUCAUCCGAGCGGGCCACGUGCCGUACCUGUUCCUCUCGAAGAAGCAAAAGGGCGCGGUCCCGGAACUGGCCUUUUUCGAAAACGAGCUGCUGCAGGAGCACGUCAUUCCCUACUUCAAGGACACGGGCGCGAACGACGCCAAGAGCCCGACGGUCCGCCAGUUGGCGUCGAAAUACGGCAUCCUGGUGCAGCAGCUGCCCGCGCUGAGCGACGGGUCGUUUUCCGCGACCAUGGGCAGCCAUUACAUUGACGUGGGCCUGUCGCUACUUUCCACGGAUAUCUCCAGCGACAGCGUGCUCGCCUACUUCUCCCUCGGCAAGACGCUCCUGCACCUGCACGCGGAGAACCUGCCAUCCUACCGCGGCAUCAUGUCGGCGGCGCGGGCGAUGAAGAGCAAGGAAAGCCACUUCAUCUACUCGCUCCGGGAGAUGAGAGAGGGCGCGCCCCUGGGGUAUAUAAUUGAUAUUCGCAAGCAUGCAAUCGACUACGCCAAGUCGACCCUGGCCUGCAUGGAUGACGUGUACGCGCUCGGCAUCGACAUGGUUAUGGGCGCCGUGGGCAAGAUCACCCGCGGCGAGGAUCUUGGUGCCGUCAGCCCGGUGGGUGCGAGCGAGGCUGGCGCGGAUCGCCCGUCGAAAGAGGAGCUCGAUGAGUACGCUGCCAGUAUUGUCCAGAUUCUGGUCGACUCGUUUGCGUCAACGCAGAAGAAGGACGACUUUAAGUCGCAUAUCCUUGGGGUGGUGAGGGAGUGGUCAGACAAUAAUUACGGAUAA